AAGGGCAAACCACGGGCGGGAAUGAGUGCCAGGAGACGGUGCGAGCGUGGCAUCCUGAGACUCCUAUUCGCGGCCAUGACGAGGUGGGGGAUAGUUCUGGUUCGUGGGGCGUGGGCGUCGUGGGCGCUCCUGACGAGGGUUGAAGGAGGUGCUCUGACGGACCGGGAGGCACCGUCGCUGGCAGAGAGGCUGGCACACGCGAGGGCCAUUCUCAGCGAAGUGCCACUCAUCGAUGGGCACAACGACCUGGUCAUGAACAUCAGGACAGUCCUCGAGAACCAGCUGGAGGACUUUCCCUUCGACAAGAACCUGACGGAGGUCGAGCCGUGGGCGUCGAGGUCCAACUGCCACACGGACAUCCCUCGCCUCAGAGCUGGGCAGGUGGGCGCGCAGUUCUGGAGUGCGUACGUCCCCUGCAGGUCCCAGUACAAGAACGCCCUGACGCAGACCCUGGAGCAGAUCGACGUCAUACACCGCCUCGUCGACAAGUUCCCCGAGGACUUACAGCUGGUGACGUCCUCCGAAGGGAUCCUUAACGCCCACGCCCACGGGAAAAUCGGGUGUAUGGUGGGCGUGGAAGGCGGGCACAGCAUGGACUCCUCACUGGGGACCCUGAGGACCUUCUACAGGCAGGGCGUCCGGUACAUGACACUGACGCAUAUGUGCAACACGCCUUGGGCGGAUAACUCAGCGGCCGAGCCUGAACAUCUGGAGUUUGAUGGUUUAACUGCCUGGGGCGAGACGGUUGUCAAGGAAAUGAAUCGUCUGGGCAUGCUCGUUGACAUCUCCCACGUGGCGUCCCAGACCAUGAACGACGUCCUUGACAUCACGAGGGCGCCGGUCAUCUUUUCACACAGCGACACCCGGGCCCUGUGUAACAUCACCAGGAAUAUUCCCGAUGACGUCCUGGUCAGGCUGCACGAAAAUGGAGGAAUUGCUAUGGUAAACUUUUUGCCAGACUUCCUGUCGUGUUCCUCCACCGCGACCCUCCAGGAUGUUGUCGCUCACAUCAACCACAUCCGGGACAUUGCGGGCCCUGAUCACGUGGGUCUUGGCAGCGAUUACGAAGGAAUAACAACAGUUCCGGAGGGUCUGGAGGACGUGAGCAAGUACCCUUACAUCUUCGCCGAGCUCCUUCUUGACCCGAAGUGGACGGACGAAGACCUUAAGAAACUGGCUGGAAUGAACCUUAUUCGCGUCUUCCAGGAGGUCGAAAGGGUGCGUGACCAGCUGGCAGGUGAAGCUCCUUGGGAUGCAUUUAUUCCUUCAGAAGAUAUUGCUGACCACUUAGAUUGCGUCAACCCUUGGCCUCUUGAUUUAAAAGAUCCUCUAACUUGAUUAUUAGAUUAAAAAAAUUGCUUGUUGAUCAUGGUUUAGUGAAUAAAUAUGACAACACAUAUUUUGGUAAAUA